CAGUAUUGUGCUUUCCCUCGAAACAUUUCCGCAAGCAGAACUAACCAUGGCUAUGCCCGACGUGAGAUGUUCCAACACUUGGCAAAAGCAGGAGAAAACAAGAAAGCUGCUGAAACCUGGAAAAAGUGGAAACGAAUACUUCUUCGUCGUAGGGAGUACGAAGAAGCUUUGCUCAAUCCCUUAUCUGAUACGCAAACUUGCUACUGUCCCGGCCGCAUCAUUCGGCCAUUAUGGGGACAGAAGCGACCGGCUGGCUUUCGCGACACAUCCAAUGUAA